UACUAUCUUACAGAAUGUAAUAAAAUACUUGCUUCAUACAAAUCGUAGGAACACCAUAGGAAAGCGCAGAAUAAGUUGGAUCUAAAAUAAAGUUCCGGGAAAAAUACCGAUAUUUUCGGUAUCUCACAAUGAUGGCAAUCAAAAAACAAUAUAGCAAUAAAACCAGUAAAACUUUUAUCAUGAGUUCUUGUUUGAUAUAUAAUUUAGAAUUAUACGAGCGCCUUCAGUAUUCGAAAAUACAUUUGUUUGCACAAUAAUCUUUAAUACGUCAAGUAAAGAUAAUAAAAUCACUAAUUACGAUUAUGUUUUAUUACUCUUCAUUCCUUAUUUUGAUUUUCGAUGUGUUAAAAUUAUUAAUUUUACGCUACGAUUAACAAUUAUGAAUUUUAUCAUCUGAAAAUAUAAAAUUCUAACAGGCAAAGGCUUGAUUUAUUUGUUUCAAUGGCGCAGAGAUAAAGUGACGAUGCAAGGCAGUACUUGAGAUUGUAAAUAUGUUUGAUUAUUUGCGCUUUUUAUUAUGCUAAAUCUGAGAAGUGGUAAUAGAACUCGAUGAAGUUUCAUAUCUGCGAUAUAGCAUUUUGUUUCGUUGUGUUGUGAUUUGUGAUAGUUUCGUUAAAAGUUCAGUUUUUUCAUACAAAUAUGAAAUUCGCUGAACAUUUAUCAGCGCAUAUAACACCAGAAUGGCGCAAACAAUACAUCAAUUACGAGGAAAUGAAGGCAAUGUUGUACAUGACCGUGGAACAGGCCCCAUCCUCCGAAACUGUCGACGCCGAAGACGUUCGCAAGCAUUUCGCCAAUUUCGACGAACAGUUUUUCCUCUAUUGCGACAAAGAAUUGAAGAAAAUCAACACUUUCUAUGCAGAAAAACUGGCAGAGGCUACUAGAAAAUUCGCCACGCUGAAAAGCGAACUGAAAGAUUCGCUGGACAACUUAAAGAUGGGUAUAAAACGAGACAAGAAAAAAAUCCCGGUCAGGAAACUCCAAGAUCUGAAAUUGGCUUUCAGCGAAUUUUAUCUCAGCCUGAUCCUGUUGCAGAAUUAUCAAACGUUAAACAACACGGGGUUUCGCAAGAUACUUAAAAAACACGAUAAGCUGCUUAAUACAGAUUUGGGUGCAAAAUGGAGAGAGGAACACGUGGAAACUUCUCAUUUCAACACCAACAAAGAUAUAGACAACUUAAUAACAGAAACAGAGAGUUUGGUAACCAACGAGUUAGAAGGCGGAGACAGACAAAAAGCUAUGAAAAGAUUGAGGGUACCACCAUUAGGUGAGCAACAAUCUCCAUGGACUACAUUCAAAGUCGGGUUAUUUUCUGGCAGUUUUGUAGUUCUUUUAAUAGCAGUAGUACUUUCAGCAAUAUUCCAGGAGUACAGAGGCGAAAAUCUCAUAAUCGCCUUUCGCAUGUACCGUGGACCGCUGCUGGUAAUCGAAUUUUUGUUCCUGAUCGGUGUCAACAUCUACGGUUGGCGGUCGUCGGGUGUGAACCACGUCCUCAUUUUCGAACUAGACCCAAGGAACCACCUCUCCGAGCAACACCUAAUGGAACUAGCAGCUAUUUUUGGGGUAGUUUGGGCGCUUAGUCUGCUAACAUUCCUAUACAGUACAGCUCUCGGUAUUCCGGCGUAUGUAAAUCCGUUCUGCUUGGUCGUCAUCAUGCUGGUCUUCCUUAUGAAUCCAUUGAAAGUGUUCAGGCAUGAAGCUAGGUUCUGGUUUAUGAGAUUAUGUGGAAGAAUGUUUGCUGCUCCAUUUUUCCAUGUCGGUUUUGCUGAUUUCUGGCUAGCUGAUCAGUUAAAUAGUUUGGUGGUAGGAUUGCUAGAUCUACAAUUUUUGUGCUGCUUUUACUUCUCCAAUGGAAAUUGGAUGGAAGCCGGUGAUACGUCGUCUUGUGCCGAAACGAACUUCAUUAUCAGACCUCUAGUUAACUGCAUACCCGCUUGGAUACGUUUCGCCCAGUGCCUUAGACGGUACUACGAUUCCAGAGAAGCAUUUCCACAUUUGGUGAACGCUGGCAAAUAUUCAACCACGUUUUUUGUGGUGAUUUUUGGAACAAUGAAAGGAUAUUAUAAGUCUGAUUACACUUCAGUAUUGGAUAAUCCAUAUUAUAUAAUGUGGAUUCUAGCUCAAUUUGUAAGUUCAACUUACGCUUAUAUUUGGGACAUUAAAAUGGAUUGGGGUCUGAUGGACAAGAAUGCGGGAGAAAAUAAGUUUUUAAGAGAAGAAAUAGUAUAUUCUUCUACGUUUUUCUACUACUUUGCCAUAAUCGAAGACUUCGUUCUACGUUUCACGUGGACAUUGACCAUCUAUUUGACUGAAUUUAAGUACGUCAGUUCCGAUAUGAUGACAUCUAUUACAGCUCCAUUAGAAGUUUUUAGAAGAUUUGUGUGGAACUUCUUCCGAUUAGAGAACGAACACUUGAACAAUUGCGGUAAAUUCAGAGCCGUCAGGGACAUUUCAGUAGCUCCUAUCGACUCCUCCGAUCAGAUUCAGAUACUCAGAAUGAUGGAUGACGAAGAUGGCGUGGUACACAGAGGAAAGAAAGGCAAAGUGAUCAAGAAGAAAGAAGAUAGAAUGCCUCUGUUACCCGAUGCCACCAUCGUCAAUUUUAAAAGUAUACCUUUUUCGGGUAUUCAAGGUUGAACUUGUGUUUGUACAAGGUAUUUUUAUUCCUUAAACGUGUUUACACUGUUUUUUAUAUUAUACGUAUAUAUGUAGGAUGAUAAAAAUGUCAAAGAUUAGGAUUUAAUCUUUGGAAAUGUACCUUUCUCGAAUUUAAAUAUUCCAGUUUUAUUUUUUUUAUUUAACCUUAAACGUUUAUUUAUUUUAUUAAGGAAUGUAUACGUACAAAUUUACUUUAUACAUAUUUACUUUAUUAUUACUUUUACAUUAACAAAUCUGUUUUUACAUUUUCGGUUAGUGUUGUAACAUAAAAUUACACAUAAUUUACAAAACAUCAAAGCUUUUUAUUUUAUACUCUGGAGGAACGUUUUAUUAAUCAUGUUAGCAUCACCAGUACUUCACUAAAGGCAGGUUUUCGCCUAUUAGUCUCACUGAAGCACAGACUGAUUCAAUGUUAGUGAAUAAUGAACGUGAGAACACAUUUUCAAUGAAACUGACUAGUA